GGGAGAGGCGGCAGAGGCCGGUGCCGCCGGGAGCCGCGCUGCCGCCCGCCCCUCCCUCCCUCAGCCAUGAACACGGAGAACUUCGGUGUCAGCGAGCGGCUGGUGACGGCGGGCUAUGUGCGCCAGGGGGCGCAGGGCCGCCGUGCGCAUGAGCUGUGCCUGCGGGCCCUGCUGGAGCAGGGAAAAUGCCCUGAAGAUGGAUGGGAUGAAAGCACUAUUGAACUGUUUCUUCAUGAACUUGCUAUAAUGGACAGCAAUAACUUCCUGGGCAACUGUGGUGUGGGUGAGAGGGAAGGAAGAGUGGCAUCAGGACUCGUUGCCCGAAGGCAUUACAGGUUGAUCCAUGGAAUUGGAAGGUCAGGUGAUAUUUCUGCAGUGCAGCCGAAAGCUGCAGGGUCCAGCCUUUUGAACAAACUUACCAAUUCAUUAGUUAUGGAUAUUAUAAAACUGGCUGGUGUCCGAACAGUGACCAGUUGCUUUGUGGUUCCUAUGGCAACUGGCAUGAGUCUGACCCUGUGUUUUUUAACGUUGCGGCACAAGAGACCAAAGGCAAAGUACAUUAUCUGGCCACGUAUAGACCAAAAAUCUUGCUUUAAAUCAAUGAUAACUGCAGGUUUUGAGCCUGUGGUUAUAGAAAAUGUAUUAGAAGGCGAUGAGCUACGGACAGACUUUGAAGCAGUGGAGGCUAAAAUCAAGGCUCUUGGUGCUGAAAAUAUUCUUUGUGUGCAUUCUACGACAUCUUGCUUUGCUCCAAGGGUACCUGAUAGACUGGAGGAACUGGCUGUGAUUUGUGCUAAUUAUGACAUUCCUCAUAUUGUCAACAAUGCGUAUGGAGUUCAGUCUUCAAAAUGUAUGCAUCUUAUCCAGCAGGGUGCUCGAGUAGGCAGAAUAGAUGCUUUUGUUCAGAGCUUGGACAAAAAUUUUAUGGUUCCAGUAGGUGGUGCUAUCAUUGCUGGCUUCAAUGAAUCCUUCAUUCAGGAGAUCAGCAAAAUGUAUCCAGGAAGAGCAUCUGCAACCCCUUCUUUAGAUGUCCUCAUUACACUUCUGUCUCUAGGUGCCAGUGGCUACAAACGGUUACUGAAAGAGAGAAAGGAGAUGUUUUCCUAUCUUUCAAGCGAGCUGAAGAAGCUGGCAGAUAACCACAGUGAGAGGCUGUUAGACACACCACAUAAUCCCAUUUCCUUAGCCAUGUCAUUGAAGAAUCUAGAUGAAAAUAAUGAUGCUGCUGUUACCCAGCUUGGAUCUAUGCUUUUCACAAGACAAGUUUCUGGAGCAAGGGUUGUUCCCUGUGGGUCUGUACAAACAGUGAAUAACUACACUUUUAAAGGCUUUAUGUCACAUGCAAAUGACUAUCCCUGUGCUUACCUCAAUGCUGCCUCAGCAAUUGGAAUAAAAAAACAAGAUGUAGAUGUAUUCCUAAAAAGACUCGACAAGUGUUUGAAGACUUCUAGAAAAGAAAGAAAGAAAGAAAACACUGUAAAUGAAACAAGUAAUUCUGAUACAGGCACAGAACAACUUGAAGAGUAGAAGAUACUGAUUUAGUAACACAGGAAAAUAUGCUCUUCUUUGAAGAAUGUCAGGUUUGUAAUGGGUUAGCAUUGUGAAUCUGCAGUGCAGAAAAUUUAUUCCUGGUCUGAAAACAACAACAACAACAACAAAAAGUUGGGUGAAACUCAGCUUUAAAAAAAAUGAGAUGAUUCUCUAAGGCAGAGGGCCAGACACAGGUUUUUUUGCAGCAUGUAAAUGCGCUUAGUAUCUGCCAAAGUAAAGCUUUACAUUCAUAAAGACCCUGAGUUGACUCUUCAGUCUGGGAGUGACUGGCCCAGCAAAUCAUAGAAUGCUUAUUUAUAUGUUUUUGAUUAAGAAAAUUUUCCGUAGCAAUUGUUGAAUUCCUUCCUAGGUAUGGACCACCCAGCAAGAAACAUUUCAUUGCUCUCAAAAUAUCUUUGUUUUGCAUCAGCACACUUUUUAAAUUUCAUUUAUCAGACUUAUUUAACUGUUAGGAUAGUCCUUAAUGAAUACAGUGUUAAAACUGCGAGGAAGUGAUGGAGUUGGAAUAGUAGUGUUUUUCAGGUGUUCUCACCUCAUAAACUACCUAGAACAAAGCAGGCCUCAGUGGCAAAGAAAAACCUAGAAUACCUCGUAUCCUGUCAGUACUCAGCUCUUGGAAGCAUUUGCGUAGUUCAGCAACCCACAGGAAUUCUGAUAAUGAAAGUAAAGGUGUUGUGGAGUGGAGAGGUACAGGUCUGGGGUUUUUUAUCCUUUUUUCCCUAUUUCAUCUUUUCUUUGGUAGGGUGAUCAGGUCAGAGACACACUGAAGAGCAGGAAUGCCUUGUGGGAUUAAUGCAGCUGUUUCAAGAGCCAGUGAUAUCUGAGGGUAUUCUGUCAUUUUAAGUCCGUCAUUGUUAAAAUUUAUAGACUUCCAGUUCUGAAGUGCCUCGUGCCAUUUGGCACUGUUGCUCCUGUGUCUGUGUGCAGUUGCUCAUUUCAAUUAAUUAAGCAGACAAUAGAUUCAGAGUCUGUUCCUGAAACAAAGGUUCCAUAUCCCUGGGGUGACAGUGCUGUAGCUUGCAAAACUAGUAAAACUAGUUAUUCUUAAAUGCAGUUUACAUCGAAUAUAAUUUCUGUCAUUUUCUGUUCAAAGUGAGCCUCAUGUUCGAAGACAUUUGCUUUGUCUGUAAUAUAGUGAUACUUGGGAUACUGCAGUUAAUGAGUUCUAAAUGUCAGGAAGUAUUCAUGUUACUUUGGUGGGAUCUGAGACAUGUAUCUUUCAGAGCCCUCUCUGUAAAUUGCUUAAUCAAAAUCUUGGUGCUCUUAAAAGGAUUGUAUGUCCAGCGUGUUCAAAUGAAUUGACAAAAGGUCACGUUAAUAUGCAGAAGUUAAUGAUAUGCUAAUUGUCAUGAAGGUGCUCUCACUUAGUGAGGUCUGUUGUAUCUCAGGCUUAAAUUGAACUGCUGGUUCUACAUGGUUAUUGCUACAGUUACACGUUAGAUUGCUUAAGCUUGUGAAGGUAUGGCUCCCUGGACUGCAGUCACAGUAGUUACUUGCUGUGCAAACACAUCCUACGAGAAAUGUAAUAUAACUUGGCCACUGAGUCCUUGUGGCUGUAAGGAGGUGUAAAUGUAUUUUUCUUUUCUUUCUCCCUCUCACUCUUCCUCUCGCCCUUUUUCUAUUUACUUUGAGAUCAUGUUAUACCUCAGCUUUUCCAGUCAGUAAAACCCUUGCACAAGCUUGAGAGCCAAAACUCUGCAGCUCACUGCCUCAGUAUUCAGUAUACUGGAGUAGCCAGUGAAAACCACAAAGCCUUAGUGAUACCUUUCUUCCUGGUUUUUGAUAUUGCUGUUCUGUGCCUAAGUGAGUAGAAAUUACUGAUCUAGAUGACUAGCCCCAGAAUGCAAACAUUAGAACUGUUGUUACAGUUUAUGGAGGUGCACAGUAGCAGCUAAAAUAAGCAUUUGUUGGAUGAUACCCAGAAAACAAAGAAAACAGCAGUUACCUUCUCUGAGGGAAGAAACCUCUCCCUUUUGCGGUCUCGUAAUAAGUUGUCUGCUGCAAAUAAUCCACUCACUUCUGCUAUAGAUUGAACUGCUUUCUCAGGUAGUGAUUUCUGGUCUUUGAAAUGUUUCUCAUUUGAAAUCAAAGCUGAAAAUUUCAACAAAUCUCUAUAAACAAGUAUCCAGGAAAAGAAAUAAGUGGUUUGUUUAGAUUUUGACCUUUUAAACCUUUUUGUUAUUUAAACAAAUUAAUAUGAUUAUUUUAACAUAAAAAUAAAUUGUGUGUCAUUAAAUUUCUUCACAAAUCUUAGUUACCCGAAGUCAGGAAAUUGAAAGUAUUUUGAGAAAUGUGCCCCACCAUAGUGUAUAAACUCUUGAACUAAAUAUCUGUGUUUAUGUUACUUUGGUAAACUGUUGUACCAGUUUGUCUUUUUAUUUGCUUGCUUUGUCCCUGUAAAUGCUUUCAGUUUUAAUUAAUACUAAUUUUUUAGAGACAGAAGCAGUAUAUAAUGUCACUAUAAAUAUAAUGAAAUUUUAAUUCAAAUGGCAAUAUACUUUUAAAUAAAUGAAGAAGACCUGGUUAUGGCAUAUUUGAAACAGGAGAUUCAGUACAUGAUAAAAAUAUUUUUCAAGGAAAAGCAUAAAUCACUUACUCUUGAUUCACCAGUAGCUGUAAUAAAGUAGUAAAAUAACGCUGGAACAUACACCCAUGAGCAGAGUUUUCAUUUCCUUUGUAUAACAGAUACAGGGAGAUUUCAUGACUCUGCCAGGUCUCUCUAACUAAAAGUAGUACUGUGAAAGAUGGUAGUAACAUGGGGAUAGGUUUGCCAAAAUACAUAGAGUAAAACAAAUAUAUUAACAGUAUUUGCCUUCUAUGAAGAUCCUUCAGAGAUUGUGCAGUGAAGUAAGAAACCUGUUAAUAAACUGUGCAGCCCUUUUCCUAAUCUCUACAUAGGCAUGAGUCAAUAAAGGCUUCUACAUCCUUCAGUCUCCAUGAGUACUUGCUGUCUCCAGCAUCCAUAUUACUAGCAAGACACCUAGGAAAGCUUCCUGGGCUUCAGAACAUGGUUGGGGUUCACACAGCAGGAAUCUCUAAUGUAAACACCAGGAACAGAUGCCCAUUCAGUAGAGCUGUCUCACAGCUACUAUUCAUAUAGCACCUAUCUCUGUCAUCUUCUAGGUCACAGCAUGUGCUUUCCAGCUAUGAAAUAGGAAUGGGCAGGCACUUGAAACACUCCAGAAAAGCUGAGGAUUCAGAAAGAUAAGUUCAGGGAGUUACCAUUCUUGCUACCUAGUCUACUGCUCUAAUUUACUGCCCUGUAGCAGAGGUUGCAAAAUUAAUAGAUAUUGAAAUGGGGGGUGUCUGAACACUGCAAGUAGUAGCAUGAGAAGUAGUGGCUGAAGAGCUAGCACAUCUCCCAUUCUGCUUCUGAAGAACAUGUUCUACAGCUACUUGCUUACUGAAGACAGUAACCCUUGACAGUGGGUAGGGUGCAUGAAUAGGCAAGGACCCCUCAAACCGCUGUAAUCUGAAUCACCAAAGUGGCUUUCCCCCCUCAUGGUGCCUGUAACUGUUCUGUGAGAUGCUUUCCUUUCCCUGUGAUAUUGCAUCUUAUGCUGUCUGGAUCUAUAUAGGUGGAAGAAAUGAAGGAGCAGAUGGAUGUGCCCUAUAAAAAUAGCACUGGAAUAAUAUAGUGCAGGCAAACUGGCACAGAAUGACCCAUCUCACUGGCCCACUCUUGGUUUACUUCUUUCAUAGUAUCUAAGAUAAUGAACAAAAUGCAGGGCUGUUUGAGCAAUAAUACUGCCUAUCGCACUUUGUGCGUAACGAUUGCCUAAGAUACAAAGCAAAUAAAAUCUACCAGAUGCAGCAAAUUCUCUUGAGCCUAAGAAAGCAAAAAUCAAAUGUUGCAAAUGUAAAUGCUGGCAUUGCAGCUUAAUACACAUAUAAACUGAGCAAUCUAUAUUGUGCGAUCAUCAUUUUUU